UUGGCUGUGGAACUUUACCCGUCCCGCGCAAUGAGCAAUGCCCUAUCUAGACAACGACGUCACUUGGCUCGUCACUACUCGUUCCGGUAGCACGCGAUAGGGAGCCCACGUUAAACGGGGCCACAGCGGCAAAACGAACGGACGCUUGCGAACCGCGUUCGGUCGAUCGAUUUAGAACCUAUAAAACUAGAGUGUGUCGUGAACGAAAGCGUGUGUCCUAAUGUCGCAAGUUAGUGUACGCCUGAGUGUUUGACCAUUUUCAGCAUCAGCUGAAGCGCGUUCAUUACUUAGGAAAGUUUUUACCGCUAGAAUUCGUAAAAGUACGACAGAACCACUAAAGAAAGGUAUCGUGUGAACGGAGAACAAGCAUCACUACUCAUCACCAACCACACUCAGCAGGACGCUAAUUUUAUAAUGCAAGCUAUCGGAUACAACGAGCAAUUUUUCGUCGACAACUACUCCACGCUGGGCGACGACGACGACGAUGACCUUCGGCUAGGCUACGACUGGUCAUCGGAUGCAAUGUCCAUCCGGAGUGUCGGAAGCGAUUCCAGUAGCUCCGACGACAUGGACCUCAACGGUGAACGGCUAUCGCUGGCGUACGAACGGCUGUCCCAGAUUCCGCGCAAGGUAGCCGAAAAGUUUUCCCGCACUACGACAAUACUCGACCUGAGUUACAAUGAAAUUAAAGACCUAUCCUUUUUGGCGCACUUCCGCCAGCUCAACACACUGAUCCUGGACAAGAAUCCGCGGCCCGAUGAGCGGACGCUACCACCGCUGCCGAACCUCGAGCUCCUGUGGCUGAACCACUGUGAUAUCGGCAAUCUGCAAAACUGGAUCUACCGCAUCCGGGAAUGCUGCCCGUCGCUGAAGUACCUAUCGCUGAUGGGUAACCCGAGCGCCACGUCCUCCUUCAACGGGAACUCGACGCUCGAGCACAACGACUACCGGUUGUUCGUGAUCAGUAUUCUGCCCCAGCUGCGCCACCUGGACGACGGCGAAGUGACCGUGGCCCAGCGGACGCAGGCCAAAAACUUCAAACACAGCUACAACCUCACCCAGGGCCAGUUCAACAUCUUCGAGACGGCCGGGAGACGUGCGGCGGUCGUACCACCGUUUCCACCACCACAGACGACAACGGGCCACAAAAAAACCCGCAAGCGACUCCGGCACAGCUCCCUCGGGGACCACUAGAACACAACAGCGGAACUGUGCCACUGUGCAGACUGUGUAGCGCCCCGAUGCUUUAAGAAGCGCGGUUUCGAAGAUGAUAAGCGAGACAGCAAUAAGGUUUCUCUGUCCGUAAUCAGUUAAGUUUUCUAAUAAAUAGACGCUUGCGGGACGCUCGAAGACGCGCGAUCCUAUCAGUAC